CUUAUCCUCUCACUAUUACAAAGAAAGAAAGAAAGAAAGAAAGAAAGAAACUAUUUAUGCAGAUAUUUAGAAAAGAAGAAACAGAAACACAGCAGAGAUCGUAGUGCCAUUACGUACCAUGUCGUCUUCUUCUUCUUCUUCUUCUUCUUCUUCUGCUACUGCAACUGCCACAAAAGUAUUUGAAAUUGGAAAAUACACAACAGUGCUUCAAAAAGUGGAAUCAGGAACAUGUAUCUCAAAGUCUUCUGUUGCUGUUCCACCACCAAAGCCACUCUUGAUUGCCAUGCCAAGUGAAGCAGGACAAUUCCCGGUCAUAAUAUUCCUCCAUGGUUAUCUUCUUUAUAACUCUUUCUACUCUCAGCUCAUCCAACAUGUUUCUUCUCAUGGCUUCAUUGCAAUUGCUCCUCAGUUGUACACGGUGGCCGGAGCAGAUUCAAGUGAUGAGAUAAAAGCUGCAGCUGCUGUAACAAAUUGGUUAUCCAAAGGGCUGCAAGAAGUGCUACCACCCCAUGUCCAACCAAAAUUAAGCAAGUUAUGCAUCGCAGGCCAUAGUAGAGGAGGCAAGGCUGCUUUUGCUCUUGCUCUUCGAAAAACAGCAACGACGCUCAAAUUUUCAGCAAUAAUUGGUGUAGACCCAGUUGAUGGAAUGGACAAAGGGAAACAAACACCUCCACCAGUACUGACUUAUGUCCCUCAUUCCUUUGAUUUGGAUAUGGCAGCAAUGGUUAUUGGUUCUGGCUUAGGUGAACUCAAAAGAAACCCUAUGUUCCCUCCUUGUGCACCAAAGGGUGUUAAUCACGAGGAUUUUUACAAGGAAUGUGAAAAACCAGCUUGUUAUUUUGUUGUGAAGGAUUAUGGUCAUCUUGAUAUGUUAGAUGAUGAUACUAAGGGGAUUAGGGGCAAGUCUACUUAUUGUUUGUGUGUGAAUGGCAAGUCUAGAGAACCUAUGAGAAGGUUUAUUGGAGGUGUUAUUGUUGCAUUCCUUAGAGCUUACUUGGAAGACGACGGCAGUGAUUUAAUGGCUAUUGGAAAUGGGCAGACGGGUCCGGUGGAGCUUCAGAGAUCUGAGUUCUAUGUCUGAAUUUUAUAAUCUGAAGCUAUGAUGUUUCAAUUAGACAGCGAAAUCAAUCAAUAUAUACUAUGUAAUCCUCUGUGGAAAUAAAGCUAUCCAUUUAAAAUUUAGCAAUUGAAAAUAAAUAUUCUCCUUUCAGCCA